AGGUGGCUUUGUGGAAAGCAUUGCUAGCUCCAACCUAUUAUUACCUAAGAAACACUUCAAUUUUGAGAGAGAAGAUGCUUCAUAAUCUAUUGCUUCUCUUUGUUGUCGUCAUUACUUGUUUUAGAUAUCUAAUACUGGCCACUGCCACCGCCACCGCCGGAGUAAUCAACAAUAAGUAUCUCCAAAGAACACUGGCCACCGAUGAAAAUCCAGGUUUCGUAAGCAUUGAUUGUGGGGUGGAGGAUGACUACUUCGACAAUUCAACUGGGAUAUGGUUCAAGUCAGAUACAGAAUUCAUCAGCAGUGGCGAAAACCACGAUACAUUUCCAGAAUACUUUUUAAACAAUGAACAAUUCGGGAAGCGUUACGAGACCGUGAGGAGUUUUCCGAAUGGAAUGAAGAAUUGCUACACCCUCAAACUUGAACAAGCUACAAACAACAGCUUCCGAAUCAGAGCUUCCUUUGCCUACGGAAAUUACGAUCGCAAGAAUAAGAUCCCCAAGUUCGACUUGUAUCUCGGGGUUAAUUACUGGGCAACCGUGAAUCUCACAAACUUUGAAGGGUUUUUCUACGAAAUUAUUCACGUUUUUCCUGCAGACACUGAGUAUGUGUGUCUUGCGAACACUGGUACUGGAACUCCUUUUAUUUCUGCAUUGGAGAUUCGACCUUCAAACAUUUCAACUUAUGGAAAUGGGUCUUCAUUGGAACUAAUAAACUUAGGGUUGUACGACCUAAGCUUCUACCCUGGUCAGUCGCCUGGUGUCAGGGAUGACCUAGCCUAGCAUGCCACAGACUUAGAGGAAUUGAAGCAUGAGUUUGAAAACAACUAGCUAGCUGAUGAAGUUGAUUAUUCGUACGACUUUUGUUGAGACAAAGCUUAUACAGACCAUGAUGAACUGGACCUUGAAGAAGCACCUCCUUGGUCUUUAAGUCUCGAACUUGACAUUGCUACGAAAAAAAUUCAAACAUCACUUGAUUGUCUUUGGUGAACUUAGACACAGAAAGCAAAUUCUUAGUUAUACUUGGAGUAUAUAGCAAGGACUUCAUGUAAAGCGGUCGUAUCUUAGUAAUAAGAGUUGACUGACCAGAACACAACACAGGCAGAGAGUUACCAUUGCCCACAUACACCCUACCUGGUCCAGGACGAGAGGUGGUAUCACCAAGGGACUCCACCGAGUAAGUGAGAUGAUGUGUUGCCCCAGAAUCAGGGUACUAGGCAGAAUCUCUAACCGUAUCCGGAGUAGCAACCAUUGCAUGUGGUGGAGGAGCAGAUACAGCCACAGACGGACCCUGUUGCACUGAGUUACUAACAAAGGAGUUUGGCCAGCUGGAGAGAGAAGGUACCUGAUAUGACUAGUUAGAGGAUGGAACCAUAGAAUGAGCAAUCAUACAAACAUUAGCUUAUGGAGGAGGCCUGUAGUUUGUGCUCUUGUAGGACGAAUCAAACCGGUAGUAGCAACGGUCCACAAGAUGCCCGAUUUUACCACACAAUUGACAUUGAAACUGUGUGCUGGAAGAACGACCAUGUCCGCGACCACGAGAGUUAGAUGGUCGAUAAGUCUGUGUGGAACUAUCUGUAGCAGAACCAGCAGACUGCUGAGAAACAAGGUUCGCAGAGAUAGGAACCUCAGCCAUUAACACUUGCUGUCGAGACUCAGCAUAGUUAUGACACUCUGAAGACUGUACAGCGUUGGGCUGGCUACAAUGAUAGAAACAAUUGGCUCAUACUCAGCUGGUAGCCCAUUUAAGAUUACUGUGAUAUGUUAAUGUUCGCUGAUGAUUUCCCCACAACCAGCCAAGUUAUCACAAAAACACUUAUUUCCAGACAUUGCAACUCAAAAGAUUGAGGCCACAACGGCAAAUCUUAUUUCCAGGCGGUGUACUGGAACAGAUUGAAGCUACAACGGUGAAUCUCAUCUUCCCCAACAUUGCAACUCAAAAGAUUGAGGCCACAAUGUCAAAUAUUAUUUCCAGGUGGUACAGUGGAACAGAUUGAAGCUACGAUGGCGAAUCUAGUUUCCCCGACAUUUUUAACUGAUUGAAGAUGGCAAACCUUAUCUCUCUGAAACUGCAGUAGAGCAAAUCAUAGCAAGUCUUAUCUCCCUGACGUUGCAGUGGAAUAGACUAAAAUCACGAAUCCUAUCCUACUGAAGUUGCUGCAAAGAAGACUGAAGCUACGAGUCAGGUUUCCUUUGUCACAGCCUGAUUUCGACCCUAAUCAGACAUAGUGGUUUCAGGACCAUGAAUUCGAGUCUAAAAAAAAUUUAAUAUUAUUUUCUGUGUUUAUUAUGUGUUAAUUUACAUGUGUGAAAGUUUCGAGAAUUAAUUUCAUUGUUUGUGUGCUUAAUUUAAUAAAAGGACUUAAUCGCGUAAAAUGUGAAAUUGACUAAUUAAUGUGUAAAGUGCUAACUUGCUAAUGUCUUUAUAAUGUGAAGUCCUUAAUAGGAAAUUAGGCCAUUAAUCAUGAUAGUGGACGGCAUUAUGCUUAUAAUUUAUAGUUUUUAUAUUAUGUAUAAAGGUUAUAAUAAUAUAUUAUAUUAUAAAGUUAAUAUAUAUUAAAAGACAAACAAAUUAAAAGCCACAUUUUCAUCUUAUUUUGACCGAACUAGAGAAAAGAGAAAGAAAGAAACCUAAGCUAGGUUCGGCCAUCUUUUGAAGCUUAAUUCAAGGUUAGUUUUUGUUCGGUUUUUGAUAAUUUUUACGUUUUUGAUAUCGUUGCUUUGAAUACUUCAAAACCCAUGUCUUAAUUUUGUGAAUUGUUGAUGAUUUUGAAAUGUUCCAUUGAUGAAUGCUUGAGCUUUGUGAUAGUUGAUGAUGAAAAAUGAAAGAUAUGUGAAAGAUUAACAUGUUUUGUCUUUGAAAUUUUGGUGAAAUUGAGUAAUUAGGGCUAAAUUGUGAAAAUAAAUUUUUGAGGGACUAAAAUGUGAAAUAAAUGAAAUGUGUGGACUUGUAUGAACACUAGGAACAUUCGGACUUAGUAUGGUGUGAUUAAAUUUUGUGUAUUUUGUGUUUUGUGCAAAAAGGACUAAAAAAAAAGUAAAAUGUGAGGGGCAAAAUGGUAAUUUGCCCAUUUAUUUAUUUUUGGAUUUAAUUGAAUGAUAUGAUGGAUAAAAAGGCUAAAUUUGAAUAUGUUUAGAUCAAGAAACGAAGAAAACGGAAUUGGAUUAGGGGAAAACAAAAGUAGUCGAAUAGUCGAACGUCUCCGUCUAUAUCCGAGGUAAGUCUAUUAGCUAUUUAAUGAUAUUAAAUUAGUAUAUAUGUAUGUAUAUCGAUUGUAUUUGUUGUUGAGCUUUAAUUUGAAGUAAUUUGAUUGAAUGAAUUAGAAUUAUAAAUGGUAUAUAUAUAUAUAUAUAUAUAUAUAUAUGUGUGUAUAAAGUGUUCAAUAUAUAUAUAUAUGCUUAUAUAAAUUUUUGAAUUAAGUUAAAGUAGGAAUGCUAUAAAGCAUAUAUAUAUAAAUAUAUAAUGUAUUAAUAUUUAUAUAUGUAUCUAUAUGAAUAUGUUCUGAAUCUAAUUGAUUGUUUGAAGGUUAUAUAUAUAUACACAUAAGAUUCGAAUAUGAGAAAAUAAACACAUGUAUAAAUUCUUGCUUUGAUUAAAGGUACGUAUUAUACUCAUGUAUACAUGGGUUUUCGAAUAUGCAUAUAUAUAUGUAAAAAAAUAAACUUUGGGUUUGAUUAGUGAUAUGUAUAUUGUAAUUGUAUAGGUGAUUUUUUUAAAUAAGGUGAUUAUAUGUGAGAUGGAACAUUUAUAUAUAUAAUUAAGUAUUGAUUAUAUUAUAAGAUAUGAAUGUUAAGCAUGUAUGUAUAGUUUUGAAUAUGUAUGGAUGUACAUAAAUAUGUUUUCAUAUUGAGCUUAGAUAUAUAUAUAUAUAUAUAUAAUUAUGCUUGAAUAGGUGUGUAUACAUAAGUACAUGUAAAUUAUUUGUAUUAAAUUUAGUUAAGUAUAUUUAUAUAUACAUGAAUAAGUUGUGAACUUAGGUAAAGGCGAGAAUGUGUAUAUAUAUAAAUUCAUAUAGGUUCGAAUAUAAAUAAACAUACUUGUAUGGGCUUUUAAUUUUUAUUUAAAAGGUAUAAAUGUUAAAUAUGUAUACGGGAGUUUGAAUAUAUCUAUAUGUACAUUUGUGUUCAAGUUUUAGAUUGAAUUAAAGACAUAAAAGUUUAUGUUUUAUAAAUGAGGUUCGAAUAUAUAUUUAUAUGAUUAUAAGUUAUUAGUACUUGAAUUGGAUUGAAAAUAUGAUUUGCAAACUCAUUUAUGUUUGAGCAUGGACUACGGUGAAUAUGUGUUUGCUGUUAAUAAAUAUUUAAGGAAUUAUUCUGUAUAUGAGAAAUUGAGAUUUUCAGGUUUUAAAACCUAGCAGGCUAAGUGCCGGUGAACUGAAUCAGGCUAUAAACCUAGCAGGCUAAGUGCCGGUGAACUGAAUCAGGCUAUAAGCCUAGCAGGCUAAGUGCCGGUGAUUUGAAUCAGGCUAUAAGCCUAGCAGGCUAAGUGCCGGUGAUCUGAAUCAGGCUAUAAGCCUAGCAGGCUAAGUGCCAGUGAUCUGAAUCAGGCUAUAAGCCUAGCAGGCUAAGUGCCGGUGAACUGAAUCAGGCUAUAAGCCUAGCAGGCUAAGUGCCGGUGAUCUGAAUCAGGCUUUAAGCCUAACAAGCUAAGUGCCAGUGAAUCUGUUUAAAUUAAGUGAUUAUUUGCAUUGGGUAUAUAUAUGAUUUUGGUUAUAUGUAAUGGAUAAAUAUAAGAACAUUUGUUUCUAAGUAUUUGAUGAGCAUAUAAACGUUCGAAUCUUUGUGUU